CAGAAAACUGUUACGAUUACAGACUUGGGUAUUUCUCCUCCAUAUGGCGUCCACACGGUCCCAUUCAAGAACGCAGGCAAUAGAUCACCGAGGAAAUGGUUAUCAUCGAGGAAACUCCGGCCGGAAUGUCGUUACCGCCUCGAGUUCUCCGAUCCGACGCCAAUCACAACUCUCAAAUCGGAACUCUCGGCGAAGCAUCGGAACACAGAAUAGGGAUCAUCGAGGAAACUCCGGAAGGAAGGUCGUUCUCGCUUCGGGUUCUCAGAUAAGACGCCAAUCAAAACGACAGUCGGCCGCGAGACAAUCAGUGGAAUCAACAAAUGUGCCACCGAACGUAGCAGUUAUCAGUUUGAAAAACCUCCCGGAUGACGUCACAAAAGAAGACAUAUCAAAUUACAUGUCGAGAUUUUCACCAAAAAGAGUCCAAGCAGUGGAACAACGGAAGUGUGGGUUCCAGCUGCUCAGCUCGAAAAAGUAAAAAAGUUCUGGGCGAACAAGGCUGUUGAUGGCCGCCGGAUUAAGCUGAAGAUCGAGAUCAAACCAGGGGUCCCGCUCAAGUCCCGCGUUACAGUGAUCGAGACAUCAGAUGGCAACGAUCAGCGAUAAGAAUGUGACUUUCGCCAAAAGUCCUACUGCUAUAAAAAGGAAUUGAUCGCCACAUGAGUAUGAAGCACACCAAUUAGUCAAGUCUUUGUUAUCAAUAUUCUAUACUAAACACUUGCCCUUUAACUUAUUUCCAUAGAUUUUUUUUCCAGUUCUCCAAGUUUUCCAAGACCAUGCAAUAUUUUCUAUUGUUCCCCGUGUUAAUUAGUUUUUCCCCGUUUAUUGUUUAUUGCCGCUUUACAAUUUCCAGAUAUCAUUUAUACCCAAGUUACAUUUUCCCGUGGUCAUUCCCCCUAAAUGAUCUCAAAAACUUUUUUAUGGCGCAGUCCUAAGUACAGAAACUCUAGUCUCGCACGCACCACCUUGUCUUACAUAUCAAAUAUACGGAUUUAUUGUUUGUUUUAUAACGGAUACAGCCAGUUUUGAUUUGUUUUUUUUAAUCAAUUAUCCAUGAUCAAUAAACCAAUUGCAAACUGA